AUGAGUUCGUCUAAUUUUCUUGUGCUUUUGAAAACAUUUACUGAAUCGCUUGAACGGGCUUUUACUGCGAACGACAUCGAGUUGUUAAAGACGGAUUAUGAUGCGGCCAGGGCUAGCGAUAACGAUAAAAAGACGGCAUUACAUCAAGCUUUUCGCGACAUGUUGCUUACUAAAACGCAAGAUAUUCCGGCCAUUGAAGGAUUUAUCAGCUUUGCUGUGAAUUCUUGUCGAAGGGACAUGACUGUCGCUACGAUGCCGGUUGUGUUGCUGGGCGACAUCUUCGACGCCGUCACGCUGGAUCGCGCCGAGCAGAUCUUCACGUACGUGGAAAACAACGUAGCAAUAUGGAAGGAGGAAUUCUUCUUUACUGCCUGUAAGCACAAUUUGCUGCGUAUGUGCAACGAUCUGCUUCGGCGGCUAUCCCGCUCCCAGAAUACUGUCUUUUGCGGACGGAUAUUGUUAUUUUUGGCCAAGUUUUUCCCAUUUUCUGAGCGCAGUGGACUGAACAUCAUAUCUGAGUUUAAUCUGGAGAACAUUACCGAGUACGGUAUGGAUGCAAAUGAGAUGAUUGUCGAACAGCUGUCGGCCGGUACCGAUCCUGAGGUGGAGGCGGAAGUAGGAACGGAGGAAAACAAACUGAAAAUUGACUACAAUUUGUACUGCAAGUUUUGGGCGUUGCAGGAUUUCUUCCGCAACCCAAAUCAAUGCUAUAAUAAGGUGCAGUGGAAAACGUUCGCCACACAUGCUGGCAGUGUGCUUUCGGCAUUCAGUAGCUUCAAGUUGGAGGAGCACCGGCCCUCGAACACAAGCACCUCUAAACCCUCCGCGGAAGGACCCGCCGCUGUUUGUCCCAUGGAGGAGGAUCAGAUUCGUGAGGCGGGCCAUUUUUUCGCCAAAUUUCUCACCAACCCCAAGCUGCUAUCGUUACAGCUAUCGGAUUCGAACUUUCGACGCUCGGUACUGGUGCAGUUCCUGAUACUGUUUCAAUAUCUCAACUCGACGGUAAAAUUCAAAGCAGAAACGCAUGUGCUCACCACUGCCCAGGGUGAUUGGUUGAAGGAAACGGAAACGCUGGUCUAUCGGUUGAUUGAAGAAUCGCCUCCGAACGGGAAAAAGUUUGCCGACACCGCACGUCACAUGCUUAUGCGCGAGGAACUAUGGAAUAGCUGGAAGAACGAGGGUUGCAAGGAGUUCAAACGCCCUGAAGCCGUGCUUGAUGAGGGAAGUUCGGGCACAGGUACAGCGUCAGGGGCUACGUCGAGCAGUGCAACACCUGCAAGCAGUGGCGGAGGUCGUCCACCAGCAAAAAGGCUCCGGCGGCCGUUGGGUGAUUUAAUACGCGAAUCCACCAAACAGGGAAAGUUCUACAUGGGUAAUCCGGAGAUAACACGCUUGUGGAACCUGUGUCCCGACAAUCUGCAGGCGUGCAAGGGCACGGAUCGGAACUUCUUGCCAUCGCUCGAGACGUACCUUGAAAAUCCGAAGGAAAAGCAAGACCCAUCAUUUGAAUGGCGCGCUCUGCGGCUGCUUGCCCGACAGUCACCUCAUUUCUUCACGCUAUUCAACACUCCGUGCUACAAGGUGUCGGACUACCUCGACAGUGUGCGCAAGAAGAUCCAAAAGGACAAGCUUGACAGCAAGUUGGAGCACGCGAUACAAGAGGAAACGGCACCCGCGAAUGCAGAACCGGCGGAAGCCGAGGGAGAAGGUCUUGUGGGAGAUGAAGAGAAUGAACAGAUGGACAGCGAGCUAUUGAAAACGGAACAGCUGACGCCGGAGGACAAAAACACCCACAAGACGCUUGCCGUGAGCAAGGAACAGCUAUCCGAACUGGCCCCAAGUAUUGGCCGCGAUUGGAAGAAGCUGGCGACCAAACUGGGGUACAGUGCGGACGAGAUUCAGUAUUUUGAGUCGGAGAAUGCCACCGUCGCUGAUCAGUGCUGUCAUCUGCUGACCCUUUGGUUCGAUGACGACAUGGACGCAAGCUUAGACAACUUGGCCUACAUUCUGGAGGGCUUGGAAAUGAUGUCUGCGGCUGAUGCGGUCAAGCAAAUGAUCACACUUCUCAGCGAUAAGGUUGAAGAAGUGUCGGAGUGAGCUGUGAUGUUGUGGUUUACCGCCUGAUCAAUUCUCUCAUUCCUACAGACUUUCUUUUCAAAUAAAUC